AUGAUUCCAGUCACUGAAUUCCGCCAGUUCUCUGAGCAACAGCCAGCCUUCCGGGUGCUAAAGCCAUGGUGGGAUGUGUUUACGGACUAUCUUUCUGUCGCCAUGCUGAUGAUUGGCGUGUUUGGUUGCACAUUACAGUGCCCCAUUCUCCAGCUGGUGGAGAAGCAGAGCCAGGUUCAACUACAUUCAGUGUAUAUGUUAUGCAGGAUAAGAUCAUAUGCCUUCCAAAACAAGUACAGCCUUCACAGAAUCGUUCCCACCUUCUAAAUGCAUCAUCAGGUUUAGACUCAAGUGCAAGCCCUUUUCUUCCACCAAAGCCAUCCACACCUCCUGCUACUGUGGAAAUGAAGGGCCUAAAGACUGACUUAGACCUCCAGCAGUACAGCUUUAUCAACCAAAUGUGCUAUGAACGUGCCCUGCACUGGUAUGCAAAGUACUUCCCUUACCUUGUCCUUAUACACACUCUAAUUUUCAUGCUGUGUAGCAACUUCUGGUUCAAAUUUCCCGGGUCGAGCUCAAAAAUUGAACAUUUCAUCUCUAUUUUGGGCAAGUGUUUUGACUCUCCUUGGACAACACGCGCUCUGUCUGAGGUUUCAGGAGAGGAUUCCGAAGAGAAGGACAACAGGAAAAACAAUACCAGCAGGUCAAAUGCUGUUCAGCCUAGCCCAGAAGGGACUUUGGUCAAGACUCAGUCUUUGAGGUCUAUUCCUGAGAAAUUCAUUGUGGAUAAGGGGACUCCGGGGGCAUUGGAUAAAAAGGAAGGUGAACAGGCCAAAGCAUUGUUUGAGAAGGUGAAAAAGUUCCGGCUCCAUGUAGAGGAAGGUGAUUUGCUCUAUGCUAUGUAUGUUCGUCAAACUGUGCUGAAAGUGAUUAAGUUUCUUAUAAUAAUUGCUUAUAACAGUGCACUUGUUUCAAAAGUUCAGUUUACAGUAGACUGCAAUGUGGACAUACAAGACAUGACAGGAUAUAAGCACUUUUCUUGCAAUCACACUAUGGCCCAUUUGUUUUCUAAACUUUCCUUCUGCUAUUUGUGCUUUGUAAGUAUCUAUGGAUUUACGUGCCUUUACACUUUGUAUUGGUUGUUCUAUCGCUCACUAAAGGAAUACUCUUUUGAGUACGUCAGACAGGAGACUGGAAUUGACGACAUCCCGGAUGUCAGAAAUGAUUUUGCUUUUAUGCUCCAUUUGAUAGAUCAGUAUGACCCGCUUUAUUCCAAAAGAUUUGCUGUAUUCCUCUCAGAGGUCAGUGAAAACAAACUAAAGCAGCUGAAUCUAAACAAUGAAUGGACGGCUGAUAAACUGAGGCAAAGAUUGCAGAUGAAUUCUCAUAACCGUUUGGAGCUGCAACUGUUUAUGCUUUCUGGGCUUCCUGACACUGUUUUUGAAAUUACAGAGCUUCAGUCACUGAAAUUCGAAAUAAUAAAUAACGUCAUGAUACCAGCCACCAUUGUACAACUGGAUAAUCUCCAGGAGCUCUCCUUGUACCAGUGUUCGGCAAAGAUCCACAGUGCGGCCUUGGCAUUUCUGAAAGAAAACCUGAAAGUCUUGAAUGUCAAGUUUGAUGACUUCCGAGAGUUGCCGCCUUGGAUGUAUGGACUCCGAAAUUUGGAAGAGCUGAGCUUAAUUGGUUCCUUAUGCCACGACAUUUCUAAAAAUAUAACUUUGGAAUCUUUUCGAGAACUUAAGAACCUUAAAGUUCUGUAUAUUAAAAGCAACCUGUCCAAAAUCCCACAGUCUGUGGUUGACGUUUCAAGUCAUCUUCAAAAAAUGUGCAUUCACAACGAUGGCACUAAACUGGUGAUGCUCAACAACUUGAAGAAAAUGGUCAACUUGACAGAACUGGAGUUAGUGCAUUGUGACUUAGAGCGCAUUCCGCAUGCUGUUUUCAGCCUUGUUAGCCUCCAGGAAUUAGACUUGAAAGAAAACAAUCUCAAAUCAAUAGAAGAAAUUGUUAGCUUUCAGCACCUUAGAAAACUUACGAUCCUAAAGCUCUGGCACAACAGUAUAACCUACAUCCCUGAGCAUAUAAAGAAGCUCACUAGUCUGGAACGACUUUCGUUCAGUCAUAACAAGAUAGAGGUUCUCCCAUCCCACCUUUUCCUAUGCAACAAAAUUAGAUAUUUAGACUUGUCUUACAAUGACAUCCGAUUCAUCCCCCCUGAGAUAGGGGUGCUACAAAGCUUACAGUACUUUUCAAUCACUUGCAACAAAGUGGAGAGCGUGCCUGAUGAGCUAUACUUUUGCAAAAAACUUAAGACGCUGAAGAUUGGGAAAAACAACUUGUCUGUUCUCUCCCCUAAGAUUGGAAAUCUGGUGUUGCUUUCCUACUUGGACAUCAAAGGAAACCAUCUAGAAGUUCUCCCUCAUGAACUUGGUGAAUGUAGAUCUCUGAAGAAAAGUGGUUUGGUGGUUGAAGAUGCCCUGUUUGAAACAUUGCCCUUGGAUGUUAGGGAACAGAUGAAGGCAGAAUAACGUCCACUUAUCUACACUUUGACAGAAAUUUGCCUCUGUCAAAUGCCUUGUAUGUAACAAGCUAGCCUGAAUAUGCCUUUAACGUCUCUUGUUUAUUCUCUGUUCUUUCACACAAAGUUUUCUGUAUGGAUAUAUUUGAACUAAGUAUAUAUAUAUAUAUAUAAGUAUACAUAUUUUUAUAUAAGUUUUACUUGAUCUUCCUUUCCCUGCCGUUUUUGUUUUAAAUUUUGCCAUGACACUGUGGGCCCUCUGUGGUUCUUAUCAAAUUGUCUAUGUCCGCCUUUUUAAAAAAUUGGGUUAGCAUAUUUCAAGUUCCAUGAUGUAGGUGAUCAUUGUUAGUAGAUGAAUGCAUAGUUGCAGUAGCAACAGGAAUCCAUUUCAUUCUGCUUUGUACACCACCCAGUCCUCCAUGUUAUCUUUCUCUUACUUGCAGAUUUUUACAGCUUCUUAUGGACAAGAGAGGCUUCCUUGUUGCUGGUUCUAGAUUAAGAAAGAGUCUCCUGGGUUUACAGAACUUUUGCUGCCAUUGCUUGCUUAUAAAAGACCUAGCAGUCUAAACUGAAAUUAUGCUUUUGACUAGAAUUCAAUUUUCUUAAGAAACAAAUAUAUUGAGCCAGUGUCUCCAUCUUUGGGAAUCUCAGUGUAGAUUAGAGCUUGCGUUAACAGUUUCCAUUCCAACAAAUGGCUAUACCAUGAGAUUAUUAUCUCCCUACUCGCUUCCAUGGGUUGGUGUUCCCAAAUACACACCUGUAAAUAUUUGCAGGUUGCAAUCAUUCAUUGGGUCUCGGGAUGAAUUCACAAAGGUAAGUAUCUGAUCAUCCUAUGAUGAAUGCGGUUAGUAAUUUUCUGAGGGCAAAAAUACACCAUGAAUGUAUAUAAUGGGCCAGGAUCUUCUUGAGGAAUCAUGGAGCAAAAGGGGAAUUAUGUAGUUGGUCACCACCUCCACUGCCAGCAGACUAUGAUUUGUGCAACCAUUUUGUUUAGUGGUUGGAAAACAGGGUGUACAACUGAUCAUGUGAAGGAGAGAACGGCUUGUGCGAUUGCUGUAGUGUGUAGUUGUAUCAAGUUGGCAUAGUAUCACGUUUAUACCAGUCAUGUAGUGUAGAGUUGAGAAUUCUUUUUGGGGCACUGUUAGCUUCUUACAAAUAGAUAUCAUGUUCUAGAUUUCUGAGGAAAGAAAUUUGUAUUAUCAUCCACUUUGGGAGAGGCCAGCUUACAAAUAAAACAGUUUCAAUGACAUUACUCCUCAAACGAUAAUGCAAAACCCUGCCAGAACUCAGAAAGAUCCUGAGCUCUCUGAACGAAGAUUGUAACCCUAUUUAUGCUCAGUGGGAGAAGACCAUUGGACCCAGUCAAGAUUGGCUUCCACCAAAAUCUGCAUCAUAUUACAAAGAAUCCUCUUUUAUGCUUAAAUCUUAUCUGCAUUUACAGUGGUGGAAUCAUUUAUUGAGUGUCUUUCCUUGUUGAAGUUCUUAAUUAGCAUAUAAAACCAGAGAUCUGGUUUACAUAAAAAUAUAC